AUGAAAGCCCUCGUCCUAUCCCCCUCCGAAAGCUCCGUCUCUGUCAGAAAUAUUCCGAAACCAUCUCCAGGUCCUCGAGAGAUCCUUAUCAAGAUCUACGCCGUCGCUCUAAACCACGUUGACGCGCUCUACGCCAAAAACCCCAUCGCUGCCCAAGACGACCGCGUCAUUGGCAGCGACUUUUCAGGAGAGGUUGUGCAACUCGGCGAGGGCCUUGACGUUGUCGAUGACGCCCGAGCAAAGAUUGGAACUCGCGUAGCCGGGUUUGUCCAAGGAGCCUGCUCCGUCAAUCUCCGCCCGGGCGCCUUUACAGAAUAUCUCGCCGUCGAGUACGACCUAACGUGGCACAUCCCGACGACAUUGUCCUUCGAAAGCGCGGCGACAACCAGUCUUUGCGGUCUGACGGCUGCCCAAGGCGUCUUCGCCCGCCUGCAACUCCCGUGCCCAUUCUUCAACACUAGAGGUUUCUCGGGCCUCGGCCUCGGUGACGACAGCAUCGUCAACGUCUUCAUAUAUGGCGCGACAUCUUCCCUCGGCCUGUACGCCGCGCAACUCGUCCGCGCGUCUGAAAAGACCUCCGGCCGCACGAUGCGGCUCAUCGGCGCGGCCAGCGCCUCGAAGCACGCCAUGUUGAGGCAGGGACCGUACGCCUACGACGUUCUAGUCGACUACUGUGAUGUCGACUGGGUCGAGCAAGUGCGUCGUGCGGCCCGGGGAGGGGUGCAAUACGCCAUCGACGCCAUAUCCAAAAGCCCGUCGGUUGAGCAGGUCGAACAAACACUAGCAGAGGACGGUCAGUUCGCCGUGUUCCGGAGCCCUGCCCUGGGCGGAUUCGACGUCUCCAGGAUGCGGUUCAAGCCUCUGAUCGGAGCUGUCUGGGAGGGGUUGGGAGUCGAGACAUUGUACCAAGGCAAGUCAUCACGAUUCACGGCCGAGUUUUAUAACUACAUGGGCUCUGCAGCCUCUUCUGGAGUUGUCAAGGUGCAGCCGAACCCUGUGCGCCUGAUGCCGGGCGGUUUGGAGAGGAUCGCUUUGGAAGGGUUUGCGUUGUUGACUGGUGCCGGAGGGGAACGGCCCGUUAGCGCCGAGAAGAUUGUGCACACCAUCUCUUGA